GCCGCCAAGGGGAGUUUCCAGGAAGUGGCCAUAUUGGAUCCAUUCAGCCGCAGCCGCCCGGGCGGAGCGCGUCCCGCAGCCGGCUUGUCCCCAUCGCGGCCCGGGUGCUCGCCCCGGCUCGCCCGCCCGGUGCGGAGCUCGCCAUGGCGGCCACUGACCUGGAACGCUUCUCGCUCCCGGAUCCUGGGUGCGAUUCCAGGCAGCUCUGGCCUCAGUGGUCGGGUCUGAAGCAGCCAUUCCCCAGAAACUGGAGGGAUUCCAGAUUCAGCCCAGUGGAUGUUUGGGCCCCAGUCCAGAACGCGGAGCCAGAGCCCCGGAGCCUCUCCCUGGGUGGCCAUGUGGGUUUCGACAGCCUCCCCGACCAGCUGGUCAGCAAGUCGGUCACUCAGGGCUUCAGCUUCAACAUCCUCUGUGUGGGGGAGACUGGCAUUGGCAAGUCCACACUGAUGAACACGCUCUUCAACACGACCUUUGAGACCGAGGAAGCCAGUCACCAUGAGGAGUGUGUGCGCCUGCGGCCCCAGACCUACGACCUCCAAGAGAGCAACGUGCAGCUCAAGCUGACCAUCGUGGAUGCCGUGGGCUUCGGGGAUCAGAUCAAUAAGGAUGAGAGUUACAGGCCCAUAGUUGACUACAUCGAUGCGCAGUUUGAAAACUACCUGCAGGAGGAGCUGAAGAUCCGCCGUUCGCUCUUCGACUACCAUGACACGAGGAUCCACGUCUGCCUCUACUUCAUCACGCCCACGGGGCACUCCCUCAAGUCCCUGGAUCUGGUGACCAUGAAGAAACUAGACAGCAAGGUGAACAUUAUUCCCAUCAUCGCCAAAGCGGACACCAUUUCCAAGAGUGAGCUCCACAAGUUCAAGAUCAAGAUCAUGGGUGAGCUGGUCAGCAAUGGGGUCCAGAUUUACCAGUUUCCCACGGAUGAUGAAGCCGUUGCAGAGAUUAAUGCGGUCAUGAAUGCACACCUGCCCUUUGCCGUGGUGGGCAGCACCGAGGAGGUGAAGGUGGGGAACAAGCUGGUGCGAGCGCGGCAGUACCCUUGGGGCGUGGUGCAGGUGGAGAACGAAAAUCACUGCGACUUCGUGAAGCUCCGGGAAAUGCUGAUCCGGGUGAACAUGGAGGACCUCCGCGAGCAGACCCACAGUCGGCACUACGAGCUCUACCGGCGCUGCAAGUUGGAGGAGAUGGGCUUCCAGGACAGCGAUGGUGACAGCCAGCCUUUCAGCCUACAGGAGACAUACGAGGCCAAGAGGAAAGAAUUCCUGAGCGAGCUGCAGAGGAAGGAGGAGGAGAUGAGGCAGAUGUUCGUCAACAAAGUGAAGGAGACGGAGCUGGAGUUGAAGGAGAAGGAGAGAGAGCUCCACGAGAAGUUUGAACACCUCAAGCGGGUCCACCAGGAAGAGAAGCGCAAGGUGGAGGAGAAGCGCCGGGAACUGGAGGAGGAGACCAACGCCUUCAACCGCAGGAAGGCGGCGGUGGAGGCCCUGCAGUCUCAGGCCCUGCACGCCACCUCGCAGCAGCCUCUGAGGAAGGACAAGGACAAGAAGAACAGAUCAGAUAUAGGAGUACAGCAGUCGGGCAUGAGCCUCUCCAACUCUAAGGUGAUGAUGACCAAGGCCAGUGUGGAGCCCUUGAACUGCAGCAGCUGGUGGCCCGCCAUACAGUGCUGCAGCUGCCUGGUCAGGGAUGCGACGUGGAGGGAAGGAUUCCUCUGAGGCAGCAGCUCCUUCACGUGGGGCCAGCCCAGGACCACCAGGGCGUGGAACUGGAGACCGUGGUUUUUAAUGUUAGAACAGAAAACCCCAUACUUUUCAUAUAUCAAUGACCAAAAGUGCAAACAAUUUAAAUUUUCAUCAGGGAAUAUCAAAUGUUGCCCAACCCUUUUCAUUCCCAUUCAUGGCCCCCCAACGGGCUUGGGGCUUAAUACCCCCUCUGUGGCCAAGCUCAGCUUCAACCCUGGAGAGAAAAAGACAGUCUGCUUUGUGACAUGCUCAUUAAGAGCCUAAAGUACCCAGAUGACAGUGUUUCAAUUCUGAAAAAUAGAAGCAUACGAUUCAAGAUUAAGGUAGCAGAAAAGUUACUUGUAUCUGCUUGACAUGAGAGGAAACUCUGCAGCUUGGCAACAGUGGCCAGUUUUCAUACUGAUACAGCCCUUAGUGAUUUAAUCUUCAUGCUUUAUAACAGACGAAAACCCCAUGACAUUUCCACAUUGCAUAAUUUUGCCUUACUAACAGAAUCAUAUUCUAAAGGGUGACCAUCAUUCUCUAACUAAAACGAAUACAAACGAAUACGACAUUUUUAAGUGCCAGAUCAAUAUGGUCUAAAGCCUCAAUAAGGACUGUGUGUAGGUGAACAAAGACAGCUAAGUGAAUGUGUGUAAAGUGUAGCAAAAGCAGACAGAUUUUUAUGUACAGUAUUCAUAGAACGGAAAGUUAAAUAUUUUUGCAGUGUGUAUUUAAAAGAGAAACUCACCACAAUAGUGCCAUCUAAAUAUCUUUGUAAAGUUAAUUUAAUGUCCUUUAGAAGUGGGAGUCUGGUGGAACUGUGUUGGAUUUAAGACAACAUUUCACUCUUCCGUAUGUUGUGAGCCUUGUGGGUCACCUCACUGUGCUGCAUAUGCAAGGACGUGUGCUUUGCCAUCCUAUGUUGUGAACAGCUGUUCUAAAGGCACAGUGAGUCCAGGGUAGGCUCGUACUCACUAUGGUCAAGAAGUCCAGCGGUGUCCCACUGUAGAGAUCCCAGUGAAGUUUGUCCAAAAUAGCCAGCUCCAUCCUCAGCAGCUCAUUCGGGGAAUAGCCAGAGCCAUAGUGCUUUAUGAAGUCUUUUAUGCGUGGAAUUAACUGUAAAAAGAAAAUAAAGAGGCCAAAGCCCUACACCA